AUGUCGUUGUUAUUUAUUGUAAUUUGUAUUAUUGUUGUUUCUGGUAAUGAUAAUCAAAAAAUUGAUAGAAAUCAAUAUUUUGUUUGUGAAUUUCAUACACCAAGAAAAUGUCAAAUAGAAAAUGAAGAAGGUAUUAAAGCAUUUUUAAAAUCAGAAUUUCCAAAUUACCCAAUGUUAAUUCAUACUAAUUCAGACCGUGCUGCUUUUGUGUUUUAUAACAUUAUUGGACAAAAAAUUGAAGAAAUUUCAUUAUUAGGAUUAAAACAAUCACAAAUUGAAAAUAUUCUUGAAAAACGUGGUUUUUAUAAUGAAAAUCCAAGUCAAUUUAAAAAAUUUGAAGAAUUAUUUAAUGAUGAAUUUGUAAUGAACUUGAUUAAAUAA